UGCCCGUGUGUCACACGCGUGUGCACACCGCUACGUACCCACGGGGUGCCAGGGGCCGUGGGAGCUGCCCCAGCCCUGUGCCACGGCGCCCGUGGGUGCCCAUGGGUGCCUGCCCCCCAGCGCCCCCGCCUCCGUCCCGCCAGGCCUCCAAUAAAGUCAGUGGUGUGAGCGCUGCACCGGCUGCCUCUCCUUGCGGGUGGGGGGCACCUGGUUCCCAGGAGGGGCCCCGCUGGGGGUGGAGGGAUGGCGGUGACAACGGCACGUCCCCUGCGUGUCCCCCCCCUGCCGUAGGGUGACGGAGAGGCCCCGCCGUUAUCUCGCAUUCCUGGCCGGGGUGGCCGUGCCUCACCGGGCUAAUUAUGGGCAUGCGGCCGCGGGCGCACGGCCGGCCCCCUCCCCUGGGGACCUGGGCGCUGGGGACAGGGGCUUGGUGGCACCGGCACGGCGGCAUGGCCUCGCUCAGCUCGGCCGCCACGUACCGCGCCGAGUGCAUCAGCACCUACAGCCAGGGGCCGGGGCACCCAGAGCCCCGCUUCGAGGGGGAGCGGUACCGCUACGACGCCUUUGGGUACCCAGGGUCCCCGGGGGCCAUGUACCCCUGCAGCCUGGGCACCUGGGUGCGGGCCCAGGGGGACACCUACCAGGUGGUGGCCGACGUCAGCCAGUUUGAGCCCCCCGACAUCGUGGUGACCACCUCCAAUGGCCAUGUCGCCAUCCGGGCCGAGAAGGUGGCCGAGGACGGCACUGUAUGUGACACCUUCACCCACCAGUGUCGGCUGCCCGAGGACACGGACCCGCUGUCGGUGAGCUGCGCCCUCACCGAGGCCGGCACGCUGCUCAUCACCGCCCGGCGCCGCGCCGGCACCCGCCCCGGCGAGCCCCCGCAGCCGCUGUACCGCAGCGAGGCCACGCUGGGAGCGGGGCCGGUGCGGGGACAGUGACGGUGACCCCGGGCCAUGAUGGGUGGGGACUUGGCCGGUGCCUCCGCGCUGCGGCGUGGUGGCUCUGUUUAUAAAGUCCUUUUAUUAAAUUAA